GGAAGUCUCAGUGCGGAAGCGGCGCUCGGCGUCACCGCAACAUGGCGGCCUGAGGCGGGGGCGUCGCUCCGCCGCUUGUCCUCAGGUGCGUGGGACGCCGCGCUGCGCCCAUAGCGGCACCGGGCCGGGCGUGGAGGUGGUGGUGGAAGCGGGACCCAGCGGGUUAAAGCCAUCGCUCUCCUCCCUUAGGACGGGCAGGCCGCGGCUCGCUGUCACCAUGCAGUACUCACACCACUGCGAGCACCUCCUGGAGCGGCUCAACAAGCAGCGCCAGGCCGGGUUCCUGUGCGACUGCACCGUGGUGAUCGGGGACAGUCAGUUCAAGGCGCAUCGCAACGUGCUCGCCUCCUUCAGCGAGUUCUUCGGAGCCUUCUACAGGGACGCGACCGACGGCACCGUCGUGUUGGAUCAGGCUCAAGUGAAGGCGGAUGGAUUCCAAAAGCUCCUGGAGUUUAUUUACACGGGAAACUUAAACCUUGACAGCUGGAAUGUUAAAGAAAUUCACCAGGCUGCCGACUAUCUCAAAGUAGAAGAAGUGGUCACCAAAUGCAAAAUAAAGAUGGAAGACUUUGCAUUUAUUGCUAAUCCCUCUUCUACAGAGACCUCCAGCAUCACUGGAAACAUUGAAAUGAACCAGCAGAGCUGCCUCCUGACCCUGCGAGAUUACAAUGAUCGGGACAAGGCAGAUAUUCCUCCCACAGAGUUGGUUCAACCUCAAGCAAAGAAAUCGCCUUUAGAAAAGAAAUCUGCUCAAACCAAAAAGCGAAAGAAGAACUUCAGCUCCCCAAAAAGCGUACAGAAUAAAUCGGUGCAAUACCAGAACGAUGUGACUGAGAACACAUCCAUUGAAAUGUUUUUGGAUGCGAAUAAGCUGGCGGCACAGAUAACAGAACAGGCUGCCCAGGGCAGCGAUAGCUCUGAAUUGCAGUUGGCAACCGUAGUGGAAAGUGAAACAUUGGCAGCACAGGAUAUUUUAGUUCAGACUAUUGCAGCAAAACAGAAACGGGGAAAGCCUCAGCAAAGCUGUGCACUGAAGGAGCACUGCAUGUCUAACAUUGCCAGCGACAAGAACGCUUACCAGCUGGAAAGUGCAGGAGAAGAGCUCGACCAGAAGUACUCCAAAGCAAAACCAGUGUGCAACACGUGUGGGAAAGUCUUCUCAGAAGCCAGUAGCCUCCGUCGCCACAUGAGGAUACACAAAGGAGUGAAACCAUACGUGUGCCAGCUCUGCGGGAAGGCGUUCACUCAGUGCAAUCAGCUGAAAACACAUGUAAGGACUCACACAGGAGAGAAGCCAUACAAAUGCGAGCUGUGUGACAAAGGCUUUGCUCAGAAGUGCCAGCUGGUGUUCCACAGUCGGAUGCAUCACGGAGAAGAGAAACCGUACAAAUGUGAUGUGUGCAAUCUGCAGUUUGCAACUUCAAGCAAUCUGAAGAUUCACGCCAGGAAGCACAGUGGUGAGAAGCCCUAUGUGUGUGAUCGCUGCGGUCAGCGCUUUGCUCAGGCCAGCACGCUCACCUACCAUGUGCGUCGCCACACCGGGGAGAAGCCUUACGUGUGUGACACCUGUGGAAAAGCCUUUGCUGUCUCAAGUUCUCUCAUCACCCAUUCCCGAAAACAUACAGGAGAGAAGCCGUAUAUCUGUGGCAUUUGUGGAAAGAGUUUUAUUUCCUCUGGAGAGCUCAAUAAACAUUUUCGGUCCCAUACAGGUGAAAGACCGUUCAUUUGUGAACUGUGUGGAAAUUCUUACACAGACAUAAAAAACCUUAAGAAGCACAAAACAAAAGUUCACACAGGAUCUGAAACGCCCCCUGAUUGCAAUACACUUGAUAAUUCUUUCCAUGAACAAGAAUCCCUUCAGAGUCAGAAGAGCCCUUUAUCAGAAUCCGUAGAUGUGAAACCCUCCGAGAUGUCUUUACCGCUUCCUCUUCCCAUUGGCACUGAAGACCAUCAGAUGCUUCUUCCUGUGGCAGGUAGUCAGUCCCCAUCGUCAGAGACGUUACUGAGAUCUGCUGUGACUGGAUAUUCAGAACCUCAGUUUAUUUUCUUGCAGCAAUUAUACUGACACUGCAGAGCCAGUGAGGUGUUCCAGCAGUGAACUCACACGAGUUACCUUUGGUAAAGAUGAACAUAAUCAAUCAAGUCACUUUCUGAAUUUUUCCUGUUUUUUUUUUUUUUUUCUCUCUGUAAAGACAGAUGUAAGGUGUUUCCAUUGUACUGUGCCGUCUUUUUUUGUUGUCGUUGUUGUUGAAUUGUGCUAAUCUACAAUCAACCUUCUGUUUGAAAUUAACACUUAUUUCCAGGAGAGACAUGAUUUCCAGCAAUGCCUGCCUUAAGGAUUCUCUGUUAAAUACCCUCAUGCAUUUUGGAAAUCUCCUACUAUGUUCCUGUUGAUCUGGUGUGUGACAUUAUCACCUGAGCAUUGGAGCAGGGAGCCAGGAGAGUUUGCUGGAGUCUCCUUGCUUGGAGAUCUUCAAGAGCUGCCAGGACGUGGUCCUAGGCAACCUGCCUUAGGUGGCUCUGCUUGAGCAAGGAGACCACACCAGACCUCCAGAGGUUCCUUCCUGCCUCAGUCCCUCUGUGAAUUGAGGACAAUUUAAGCCAUUUUUGGUAGUUUAAAUGUGUCAGUCCAGAGCUGUUGUUUUUUUGUUGUUUUCUUUUUAAGGGCGAAAGUCAUAAUUUGAAUGUGCUAAAAAGCUUGUACUUCUGCAACCUGAGGUCAUGUAAUGGUGUGUGAUGGCAGGUAGGCCAGUGCUGAGGGUCCUUCUCAAAGAAUUACUGCUGUCCAUCUUCAGCUGAGCAGAGGGAAAGAAAGCUCUGUGUUUAGGUCCCUGAUGGGACAAGUAAAGGAGAGUUUCUUUAGCAUGAUAACCCGGACAGUUCUAAUGGCAUAGAUACUUCUGUGUAUUCCUUCCAACAAGUCACUUGUCUUUAAAGCGAAUCUAGUGUUGUAACUUGUCCACAGUUUGUUUUUUUCACAUGUCUAAACUGUCCCAGAUCUGGCACAAAGCAGCAGCAUUUGCUCACCAGAAGAGCGAGAACACGCGUGUUGCAGAUGAGGUGAAAAGAUGCAUUGACUGAACUGUGAUGUGUGAACCGUAGCUUCAUAAUAAUCAUUUCUGUGCUUCUUGUGGUGCUAGACAGUAGGUUCAAAAGAAGAAACAAAUGCUGCCCUUCACUGUGAAAAUGCUACAUGAUGCUAUACGAGGGGACACUGAGGAACAAUACAACAGGGCAGAUUAAUAUUCUUCCAGGGAUUUGUUUCAACUCAAGUAUUUAUGUAUUAAUUUACCUUUCAUGUUGCAUAUCUGCAGUAACUGCACAUAAUUGGUAUCUAGCAAGACACUUGCAAAGGUAUGUUUUACUAUUAGCAAUUUAGAUGUGUUGUUUUUUUUAACAAGACAUUUUUAGGCUCUCUGUAGGAUCAUUAAAGACUGGUUGAGAGUAGGAGUACUUUUUUAUGCUCCAUUUUACCAGUUUGUGUCAUUAUCAUGAUGUAAGCAUUACCCAAGUAAUCAUGAAGUAGCAAGGAAACAGUCUUUUGACUGUACCAUCAAUGUAUUUAAAGGUAUCAUUUGUUGGUUAUUUCCUUGGUGCUAGCAUUUUAUUCCCACUGAUGCCUUGUGUCCAGACAUUGAUAAAUAGAAAAGCAUAGGAGAUACCUCUUAACUGUGUUUUACAUGGAGUAAAAUUAAUCUGCACCUUAAUUAAACAGCCUUGUGAAAAAGUUA